AUGGAGGACAUAAAGAGAAAGAUUGCAAAAGGCGAAUUAAAGAGCGUGAACAACACGAAGGGAAAAGCGCCCUUCUGGGUCAAGUUUGAUAUCAUCACAAACCUUCAAAAUGAGCCAACCGGGUUUGUUCAGUGUGCUUUAUGCAAAGCUGUUCUGUCAUACGACAGCAAAAAAACAGGCUCAUCCCAUCUCCGGAGACAUCUUCAACGUUCAUGCGGCGGCUGCGGAUCCGGUACCGGCGGCGGUGACAGACAGCAGAGUGUGAGCGAUUUUUUAAGUUUUGCCAAACCACCACCAGAAAGGAUGAAGUCGGAGGUCGCAAAUAAAUGCGUGAACUUCUGUUGCGUGGACAUUCGGCCAUUUGAAACGGUUGCGGGAGCAGGUUUCAGAGAGUUAGCUCAAGAAUUAAUAAACGUCGGUGCAACACAUGGCCGCAUUUCAGCCAAUGAAGUUCUCCCCAACCCGACCACAAUCUCCCGAAGGUGCAAAAUGAUGGCCAGUGAAAUGAGAGGGGGGACAGUUGAGGAGAUAAAACAGGUGAUGUCGCUCAUAAAUAUUGGCAUGACUACAGAUAUGUGGACGGAUUAUUUCCGUAAAAUGAGCUACAUGGCUAUCACGUGUCACUAUGUAACACCAACAUUUAAACUCAAGCGCAAGCUACUCACCACAACAUGCUUCCCAAACCACGCGAGAACAGGAGAUCAUAUCCGAAAAGCGCUUCAGCAGCAGCUGGUCACAGUCCUCGGCCUUGAUGCAUGCGUUAUGAACAACGUUGUCUGGGUAAGCGACCAUGACGCAAGCGUGCUGGCUGCUCUCCGUCCAUACAGGCACCUGGCUUGUCAAGAUCACCUGUACAACACAGUCCUCCGACAUGCCCUAAACACCGAUGAGCUGGCUGAAGUGGUCCCAGAGGUAGCGGAGACCCUGUUGGCGGUCAAGGCUUUAGUUCGCUACCUGAAACAGUCAGGCCUCGCCUCUCAGCUGCCAACAACCGUCAAACAAAUGGCAGAGACUAGAUACAACACAGUCUUCCUCACACUGGAGUUAAUUCAGUCAGUCCACGCAGAGCUGCAGGAGCUUCUUCAGAGCCGCGACGAGAGCGCACGAUUGCGCAAUGUCUCCCCAGAUGUUCUCGCCUUCCUUGUGGAGUUUCUGCGCCCAUUUAACGACGCGCAAAAGGAGCUAGAAGGAGACAAACACCCGACACUUCACCUCGCUGUUCUCUGGGCCAACAAGCUGAAAAGCCACUGCCAGCCGGACGUGGCUGAUACUCCCUCCCAGGCUGUCAUCCGCCAGCGGCACCUCGACUGGUUAACAAAAACAAUCGAAAUCCAGCCACUUCAUAAAAUUGCCAUUUUUUUAUGGCCAAAGUUCAACCAACUGCGGACGUUUACUCCCGCCGAGAGGACCGACAUCCAGCAACACGUGAGAAUCCUGAUAAACCGCUUCAGAGAGGGGGAGGUUGCUGCAGCGCGUUGGCAGGAGCAUACAGGACAAUCAGAUGUUUCAAGCGCAGCAGCUGCUGGUCCUGCGCCAAAGAGGAGAGCGCUGGAAGAGGUUGAGAAGGCGUGGGAAAACGUCAGAGAGGAGAGUGAGGAUGCUGAUGAAGUCCAGUUCUACCUCAGCCUCAACCCCACCAUGGAAGCUGAUGGAAGGGAUCUUCUGAGCUGGUGGAAGCAACACGAGACCACAUUUCCUUUACUGGCACGUCUAGCCCACAUGGUCUUCAGUGUCCCGGCCAGCAGAAGCAGCAGCGAGCGCGCUUUUAGCGCAGCUGGAAGAGCGAUAGGGGAAAGGAGGACUGGACUUGCCCCUGAAACUGUGGAUGCCAUUCUUUUCCUGCACGAUGCCAAAUAAACUGUUCCUCUUGUUGUGUUCAGAAAAUGGAGGACUUUUGCCAUGUUAAACCGGAUAUAGGCUGUUCUUAAAGGCUUGUUCUUAUCAUUUUAUUGCCAUGUUCAUUUAUGCCAUUAAAAGCUCAGUUAAGGUC